AAAGGGUCGUGAAAGCCCACAAAGAAGACUCCGUCUCGACCAUGGAUUCCUUGCUUGGGCCACAGAUUCGAGCCUUCCUUCUUCGCCCUUGUCUCUCUCUUUCUGUCUCUGUGAUGUGCGUGCAUGCAUGUAUCUAUGGGAAAGAAAGGGUGUGAUCGUGGGAGGUAAUGUGGUGUGAAAGAGGUGGGGUGGCAAUUUUCAACUAUGGAUUCUCCUCCUUUUGCUGGAUUUGUGCUUGACCCAACCAAAUGCAGUAAAUUGAGUAUGGACGAAAAGAGAGAGCUUGUGUAUGAAAUAUCCAAAUGGUCACAAGGUGCCCCUGAAAUGCUACAAACAUGGAGUCGCCGGGAGCUUUUACAGAUCCUGUGUGCAGAGAUGGGAAAAGAGAGGAAAUAUACCGGCCUAACAAAGUAUAAAAUGAUAGAGCAUCUUCUACGAAUUGUUUCUGAGAGGAAGUCUGGGAGCCAUACCGAUGGCGAAGACUCUGCAUCACACCCUUCACCAGCAAACACCCAAACCUCUUCCAAAAGACAGAGAAAGACAGACCACCCAUCCCGAGUGGCCAUCGGGACAAACCAUUUUGCAAGUAGCAAUGGUGAUGGGGAUUUUGACACUAUGAUUUAUUGUCUAAACGUAGCUUGCAGAGCAGCCGUACACUCGGAAGACCUGUUUUGCAAGAGGUGCUCGUGCUGCAUCUGUUUCAAAUACGAUGAUAACAAGGAUCCUAGUCUUUGGUUGGUUUGCAACUCAGAGCCUCCCAAUGAUGGCGAUUCGUGCGGCAUGUCGUGUCACCUUGAAUGUGCUCUUAAGCAUGAAAGAGCUGGCAUUUCAAAGAACGUACACCAUGCAAGAUUGGACGGGAGGUUCUAUUGCAUAUCUUGCAGAAAAGUGAAUGACUUGCUUGGAUGCUGGAGGAAACAGCUGAUGAUCGCAAAGGACGCCAGGCGAGUCGACGUUCUUUGUUAUCGAGUUUCCCUAAGCCAUAGGCUUCUCAGUGGAACUACAAAAUUCCAAAAGCUGCAUGAGGUAGUGGACACUGCAGCAAAGAAACUCGAGGCGGAAGUCGGGUCUUUGGAUGGUUUACCAACAAAGAUGGCACGAGGCAUUGUCAACAGGCUCUCUUCCGGCGCGGAGAUUCAGAAGCUGUGCGCUUUAGCAGUGGAGAUGUUGGACUCCAUGCGUUCUAGUGUGGUCCAUCCAUCCCUGGGUUAUAAUCUCCAAGAAGCUAGCUUGUUGUCUCCCAGCAUUAUCAGCUUCGUGGACGUGUCCUCAACAUCUCUCACUGUCGUCUUGGGUUCUGACGAUGCAUCAUCGGAAGAUAUUGUGGGUUACACCCUUUGGCACAGAAAGGCUAGUAGUGCAGACUAUCCAUCGGAGCCAACAUGUACUUUGUACAGGCCGAACAGGAGAUUUUUCGUAUCGGAUCUGAUCCCAGCAACAGAGUAUUUGUUCAAAGUCGUUUCCUGUGGUAACACAAGGGAGUUGGGGAAGUGGGAAGUUGGGUUUCGGACGGGUAGUGCCAUGGAAGAUUUUAAGAAGAAUGAGGUGGUAGCUAGUCCAAAAACGAACUGCAGCGGCCCAUCCAAUCCUUCAUCAGAGGGGGAUGAAUCUAAUGAUGCGGCAUGCGAAGACCCCAACAAUUCACCUGGCAGUUAUUCUGGUUAUUGUAACAAAUCUGAGAUUCUCCAUGCGGGAAAGUUGGUUGACUACGUCCACAAAGAAAUAAACCAUGGAGCAUUUGGCCGGAAGGAGGUCAUGGGCCCAGAGGAAAUUGCAGGAGACUCGGUUUCAGCCUUGGAUGAGGAACACAUAACGGGAGAAGUCGGAUCAGAACCCAAUUCGACAAUUCAGACGGAGUCCCAGAGAGAUUCUACAAACUCGACUGACGACAACCAGGCAUCUGAUGUCCCAAAAUCCGAGACCAAGCACCCCUCAGAAGGUCAAUUGCUCGAGGAGCUGAGCAUUGAUAAUGAAUCAAAUGCGCCUGCUGGAAACGAAAUGGAGGUCGUUCCAUAUGGACGGUCUGACUCUGUCCUUCCUGUCACUCCAUGCAAAGUUGAUAUAGGCAAAGAUGGGUCAUCAGUAAGGAGCAGCAGAAUGAAAACCGGGGAGCCCGAUAGCCGGCCAGCGAAGCCAGAGGAGCCACUGGCUGGCAGCUCGUCUAAGAAGAGAAGUGCUGGGAGAUGCGAAGACACAUGCAACCGAGACGGGUCUCUGGAGAGGGACUACGAGUACUGCGUGAAGGUGAUCCGAUGGCUGGAAUGCGAAGGGCAUGUCCAGAAGAACUUCCGAGUGAAGUUCCUGACUUGGUUCAGCUUGCAGGCGACUCCGCAGGAGAGGAGGAUCGUGAGCGUUUACGUUGAUACGCUGAUCGAUGACCCAGCGAGCCUUGCGGGCCAGCUGGUUGACACCUUCUCGGAGGGUAUAUACAGGAAAAGGCCACCACCCGUGCCAAGUGGAUUUUGCAUGAAGCUCUGGCAUUGAGGACUUUUGACUGGAGGUGCACAUCUUUUUCGUCCUACCUUUUUUUUACCCUGACUCAAUAUUCUUCUCAGUCGCGGCCCGCCGGGACGUGGGUAUUGCGUAAUUCUUUGGAUUACACAGAUUUGAGCAUUCUUCAUUAGACAACCCAAAUCAAGAUUUUUGGUUUGGAAGUUGGAUAGAAAGUAGCUCAUUGCCAUUUAAACAAUCCAUUCUCUCAUUGAACACUAGCCUUUCCUUUCACAUAGAAUACUUUCUUUUGGUC